AUGAGAGUGAAAGAAAUUUCUAAAUUAAUGAAAGUAGACAAUAGACGAGUUUAUGAUGUUGUUAAUUUACUCUCCAUUUUCCCUAAUGAAGAAGAGAGUUUUGUUAUUAGAAUGAAUAAAGAUAACAUUUUUUAUUUUAAAUGGCGUUAUUGUUUUAUUGAUGAUAUUAAUAUUAAAGACAGACUUCAAGAAUUAGUGAAAAGAAAUUGCUUAUUGUUUAAUAGGGUGAAUGCACUUAAAGCAAAUAUUAAUAAAAAGAUUCCAUUCAAAAAAUUUGCAUUAGAAGUUUUUAAGUCAGAUGAAGAAAUGCCAGAAGAUAUUCAACUGUUAUUAAUUCAACUUAAUUCUAGUUAUUUUUAUUUUUCAAGAAUUAUAAACUCCAAUUUAUACUGUUUUUGUUGA